UGGAACCUCCCUUCAGGAAGUUCAGCUAGGUUGCACAGGACAUGACAUUUUCACAGCUUUGUACAAUGUAAUUAGGUUGAUGUACAUUUUAGGUGUGAAACAAGCCUCUGUUUCAAAGCUAUUGAGAACCAUGGUGUAGUUUGCCAUGAAUUCACUGAGACACAGUGAAAGUCCUAAAUAAUCAAUGAGCUCCAUUUUUAUUGUGGUACGCUGAGGCCUGGUCUACACUUAGAAAUAAGAUCAGCAUAACUUCCUCAUCCAUGGCUGUGAACACUUUUGUGCCAUGAAUGCUGUAGUUAAGUUGAUCUAAUCCCUGGUGCAAACAAAGCUACCUGCUCUGUCUUGGAGGGUUUGAUUAACUAGGUAGAUGGAAAAGCCUCUUUCAUCAGCAUAAGAAGCAUCUACACUACGGUGCUACUGCAUGAUAGUCCAAGAGAGGGUUAAUGAUAGAAGCCAUUGUUGUCUGUGAAUUAGGUAGCCGCUUGAAAUGUACGUUUCAAUUUUGAUUGCACUUUCUCAAUUGCAUUUAACAGUGUCCCUGCUGGUUCUUCAUUCAGCAUCUGUGCAGCCACGUUCUAUUGAUGGCCUGUUGUGAUUUCAAUGGAACAUCAUGGGAUGUACCUGGCACGUCAGGCAGCACUGGAUGGAGGUGCCUUUAGCCCAAUGUACCUGGAAUGGUGGUAAAGCGAAGGUGAGAGGAAGAGAAGUUGGAGAUGGAACUGCCAAAUCAUGCCAAACAACUGCUACUGCAGCUGAACCAGCAACGAGCCAAAGGUUUCCUCUGUGACGUGAUUAUUGUGGUAGAAAAUGCCCUGUUUCGUGCCCACAAGAACAUCCUGGCAGCCAGCAGCAUGUAUUUCAAAUCCCUCGUCCUGCAUGACAACCUAAUUAACUUAGACACGGACAUGGUGAACCCCACUGUGUUCCGACAGAUCUUAGACUUUAUUUAUACUGGGAAGCUCUUAACGACUGACCAGCCUGGUGAACAGAACUUUAAUGCUCUUCUCACCGCAGCAAGCUACCUCCAACUGCACGACCUUGCAGCUCUCUGCAGGAAGAAGCUGAAGCGGAAUGGGAGGUCUUUCUCUGGCAGGGCCGGUGGGCCCAGUAUCGGGAGACCUCCCAGGAGUCAGAGGCUUUCUACCACUUCAGUCAUCCAAACUCGUUAUUCAGGGUCAACUGAGGGGAUGAAGGGCUCACACUCAAAGGAGCUGCCAAAGGGAAAGGUCUCUGACGAUGAGAUCUUCAUCGGCAGCUCUAACCAAGAGAACUCUCACUCCUUAAGCCGGGGAGCCAACAAGAACGGUAGUGGUGGUGGCAGUGCAAAUGGAAGCAAUGGUGACCAGGAGCUUGGCCUUGACUUGUCCAAAAAAAGCCCAUCGCUCCCCAUGGCAGCCUCCCAGGAUGACACGCAGCUCAGCGAAAGCCAGCAUGGCUCUCCCCAAUCUGCCUCAGCCCCUGCAGCCAACAGUGCCUCAUCUUUCGACGAGUCUGCCGCCGGAGCCCCCCACAGUGCAGCAGACAGCAGUGAACCCAUGGAGAUGGACAUGAACGAGGAGACUCACUCCCUGGCGGAGAGUGGCCAGCGCAAGAGCCUCCGGCACGCUGCACGCAAAAAGGAGUGGAUCAAGAAAGACAACGCUUUUGACCGGAAUGAGGGGAUCAAAGGUGGCGAGGAAAGCGAGGGGCUGCCCAAUGGCAUCCUGAUGGGUCCCUUGUCCAAGUCGGCCGAGCGGAACCUAAGCAACGCCUAUGGCCCGGAGCAGGCAUUCCAGUGUAGAGAGGAGAUUGAAAAUGGCAAGGAGAUGAGUGAUGACAGUGGCCAGAGUGUGUGUGAAAGCGGUGGGCACACCAGUGCCAACUACGUUUACCGGCAGGAGGGGUUUGAGCCUGUGGCCUAUGGUGACAACCUGUACGUCUGCAUCCCCUGUGGCAAGGGCUUCCCUAGCUCUGAGCAGCUUAAUGCCCACGUGGAGACGCACACCGAGGAAGACCUCUACAUCAAGGAGGAAGGCACAUAUGAUGAUAAGGAGGAAGCCGAGGAUUUGUCCAACCCUAACCAGCCCUACGCUGCAGAGUCCCGGCCCUUUAAAUGCUCCAUAUGUGAAAAGAGCUACAAGGAUCCGGCCACUCUGCGGCAGCACGAGAAGACUCACUGGCUGACACGGCCCUUCCCUUGCAACAUCUGCGGCAAGAUGUUCACGCAGCGGGGUACCAUGACACGGCACAUGCGCAGCCAUUUAGGGCUCAAGCCCUUUGCUUGCGAGGAAUGCGGGAUGCGCUUUACCCGGCAGUACCGACUGACAGAGCAUAUGCGUGUCCACUCAGGAGAAAAACCCUAUGAAUGUCAACUGUGUGGUGGGAAAUUCACCCAGCAGCGCAAUCUGAUCAGCCACCUGCGAAUGCAUACCUCUCCCACAUAAGCCAAAGACUCCAGAAUGAGCUUCGAGCCCAUCCGCAGUGAUUUACCUUUCUGUAAACUUGCUGCUUAAGAAGGCAACUCCCCUCCUUUGUUCGGUCAUGGGCAGCCUAAACAAAUGUAGCUUUAACAUUUUUUAUAAAAAGACAAAUGUAGGUCCACAGCGGAGCUGAUGCCAUUCACAAAUCAUUCCCCACCCCUUCCUUCCCACAUCUCAGUGGUGUGGCAAGAAAUGCCAUUUAUUUUUGUGGGUGUUGAUUUGGCCACUCUUCUUUUGAUCCCCACACCCAGGUAACAGGAGUGAGGCCUCCUGACUAUUGGAUGGUAAGUAGGAAUGGAGAGAGAAAUUAUAUUGCCCAAAGGGAGAUUGGAUCAAGUUGGGCUGUACCAACCCUUUAUUCACCUCUUGUUGGUACUCCUGUAGUGCUUUAUAGACAUUGAUCAAGUGUUAUUUCCUGCAUUAAUGAAAAGUGCAAGUGGAAUUUGUCAUCCACUGGCUACUCUGUGAGCUUUGCCUUUUGUGCUCGUGUUACAAUAUUAAUGUCACAACCAGACUCAAUAAGGGCAUUUCUUGCCACUCCUUAAAAAAAAAAAAUUUAAUGGACCAAGUGGCUACAAAGUGUUGGUUUUUCUGUGCCCAUGGCGGAAGCUGUGGACUGACUAUAACAGGGUUGGCAGCCCCUUUAGAUUCUGUGGGAAGCUGAGAUGAUGAAGGGGAGGUGUUAGCCUUCCUUAUGAGGUGGAGAUGGCUAAAGCAGUCUACCUAGGUGUGUACCUAGUAGUGUUUCGGAUGGCAACACAUUCUUUUUCCUUUUUGGGUUUAGUCUUUAACCUUGGCAUAUCUAGCCACAUGCCUCACCCCUCCUCUUCACCUCUGGAGCCUCACCCAUGACUGAACGGGGCUGUGGAUGCCCUGGGAAUUUCUUUCAGUGAGCAGGGGGGGUCGUCUUUACUUUUCUAGUAGUUUUAUAUUAAUAUUCUUUGCUUAGCGAUACUUGUUUUAUUAAAGGAAAAAAACAUUGUAAUGUUUAUGCCAGGGGUGGGGAACCUAAGGUCCGGGGGCCGGAUGCGGCCCCUGGCUUGCUUGGAUCUGGCCUCCAGGGCUCAGGGCUCUCCCCCAGCAUUGGGCAGCCUGUGCUGAUGCUCCAGCCCCCAAUGCCCCCUGCUGGGCUGGAGCACACAAAAUCUACUAGCCUGAGCCCCCCUAGGCUUUGCUGUGUGAUGGGAAUGUAGGGGGUGUCUUUCUGCUUCUCAGUCAGGGGGCCAUGUCAGUGAAGGCUUGUUUUGGGGGGGGGUUUGCUUCUCACUUGUGUGCAGCCCCUGACUGAUUUUGUGUGUGUGUGUCAGCAGCCCCCACCCCUGGUUUAUGUGAAUGUUUGAACUGGAAGGUCUGAGGUUAAUUUUGGGGGUGGGUGGGGUGGGGAAGGGGUUUGAUGUAGGCUGGACUUACUACAAGUUCCUUAGGUAUGUGUGUGUGUGUGUGUGUGUGUGUGUGUGUGUUUCCCUUUCCUCCCUCACUAAAGAGCGAGUCUGUUUGAACAGACCCAUUACCUUUGCUACCUCUUGAAUUCAUGCAAACAGUAAGAUGGUUAGUGAAAGAUUAGGUGUGUAUUUUUUUUCUUUAAUUUACCUUCUACUUUAUACAUUUACUUACAAUAAAACUCAAGGGAUUUUUUACCACCCCAUCCUUCCAUCAAAAGUCAGCUAGAAAACUGUUAAAACAAAGCGCAGCCAAAGACAAAAAUGUAUUAAGCCAGAAACCCCAGUGGAUAGAUGCUUAAAUGGUUCACUCAGCAAACUCUUUGGCUUUUUGUAGUCACUUUUAGAUAAAAGGAAGGAAACGUCUUAGAGCGUCUGGACCCUUUCCAGUUUUGUUUAUUGAUCCUGGAUGCUAUGGAAAAAAGGCCCCUUUGUCCUCCAUUUUCCCAGCACAUCUGGGUCAGUGUGUAAUCACCUGGCAGGGCAGAGGAUGAGGGGAAUAGCAGCCUAUAACCUACUAGAAACCAGAGUGCAAUAAGAUGGGGAGCGCGUCGGGGAGAACAAAAUGUUUCAUAUCCUCCCUUUCAGAAAAUUUCUCUCACACUCACACACCCCAAAAUGAAAAAAGCAACUAUGUUUUUUUUUUGUUUGUUUGUUUAUUUUUUGUAACAUCUACCUAAGACAUCACAGCCAACAGCUGCUGUUGGUUUAGGAGAGAAGACAGAGAAUUUAGCCUUCCAAUUCUUGGCCCUUUGACUUUGUUGGCAUGCCCUUGUGGAAAGCUAUGGCUUAUUUCAAGCCUCCCAUGACUGGUGGAGCGUGGUGGCAAAAAUUCACAGCCAGUAGAAUCAUCUUCUGAACUGAGUAAGGUUUACACACACCCCAACCAUCCUGGCUCAAAACCAUUGUCCUUUUUAUUCCUAGGGUUCACUGAACCCUGCAUGUCGUCUU